AUGGCACCGCCGACGCUGAUCUCACCUCCCCCGCUUGUCCGCAUCACGCCUGAACCGCUGACGCACCAAGCAUUCGCCCCCUUUGGCACCGUUAUUUCGACGCCGUUCCCUCGAGAUCUAAACAGUGCACCCAACGACCUCCCCUCUCUCGAACUGCCUCACCCUGUUCCCGCAACACCCGUAUACGCCAACCAAGGCUCUGCUGUCAAAAUAAGCCCCAUCACACCCCUCGGCAAUGGCUACGAGAAUGCCUGUCCGAGCGGCCGCGCCGCCCAGGCUCGACUGAGCAUGUUCGCCUGCUUUCCGCGCAAACCUCGACGCGAGUCCACCCAGGAUCAUCCCAAGGGACAUGUUUUCGAUGUGCGGAUUCUCGAGCGACAUCCUUAUACAACUCAGACGUUUGUGCCGCUCGAUCUGUCGAGUCAGAGACGUGUGAUUCGCGAUCGCAAACCGGACAAGAAAAGCCACGAUUGGCAAGGGUAUGGAGAUGGGGAUGUUGAUAUUGUUCUUGACGGUGCUGCCCAUCAAGACGAGGAGCAGGAGGAGCCUGCAUUCCUCAUCAUUGUUGCGCCUACGUUGAAGGGCCAGGCUGCCGCUGCGACGACGAGUAGCGACAGUACUACUACUAGAGGCGAGAACGAUCUAAAUAAUCGGGUCACCAUCCGUGAUCCGCCAGAUCUCGAGAAUGUGAAGGCUUUUAUCGCCCGUGGUGGACAGGCUGUCACGUACGGAGCCGGCACCUGGCAUGCCCCGAUGGUGGUGCUCGGCUCACGGCGAGUCGAUUUUGUCGUCGCUCAAUACGUGAAUGGCGUCGAUGACGAGGACUGCCAAGAGGCAGCUUUUACAGAUGGAAUUAUCGUCGACCUGAAAAGUCUGAGUGAUGAGGAGGAUGAUCUGUUGGAUGACUUGAAAAGGUUGUCUAAACUGUGA